UACUGGCUUGUUCGUCAGACUCCAGCACGUUUCAGCGUAAACGGUGAUAAGUCUCGUACAAACAACGAGGUAGAAAACUGGAAUAGAUGGUUUAAUGCCCGUUGUCAUGGACACAGACAAAAUUUCUGGGCUUUUAUAUGUAAUUGAUCCAAUAGUUCUAUUUUGUGUGUGGCCACCUGAUUUAUCAAAUCAUUUAUAGACCAUUUGCAGGAAUGUGAGGAAACUGCAAGGCGGGAUUUUCUGGUCGCUAGUCGUGGUGGGGAAAUUCGUCGCCCAACGCCAAAUCGAUACAUCGUACGGGAUGAGCAAAUUUUGGGAAGAGCAAGAGAUCUUAGUCAAAACUUAAUAACCAUUUACGAAUUUUUGAUGAUGUCUUCUGUAUCUUUUGAACCUUACGACGAGGGUUUGCCAGAAAAUGUACUGGAAGCACCUGCACCUCGUCGACAACGUAGAUUGGCCCGUUUGCAGGGCGAUGGAAGGCAACAGGUUCGAACAAGAGCCGGAGCACUCCGAAGAGAUCAAGGUGAACCGGAGGCUGAUGCUCCUCGUCGCCCAGUUGGACGGCCGCCACGAAGAGAUCGAGGUGAACCGGGGGCUGAUGCUCCUCGUCGCCCAGUUGGACGGCCACCACGAAGAGAUCGAGGUGAACCGGAGGCUGAUGCUCCUCGUCGCCCAGUUGGACGGCCACCACGAAGAGAUCGAGGUGAACCGGAGGCUGAUGCUCCUCGUCGCCCAGUUGGACGGCCACCACGAAGAGAUCGAGGUGAACCGGAGGCUGAUGCUCCUCGUCGCCCAGUUGGACGGCCACCACGAAGAGAUCGAGGUGAACCGGAGGCUGAUGCUCCUCGUCGCCCAGUUGGACGGCCGCCACGAAGAGAUGGAGGUGAACCGGGGGCUGAUGCUCCUCGUCGCCCAGAUGGACGGCCACCACGAAGAGAUCGAGGUGAACCGGUGGCAAAUGCUGUUGCGCUUUUAUGCAAAGUUUGUUUAAUAAAUCCCAUAAAUCGAGUUCUUAAUUGUGGCCAUCCUUUUUGCGAUAGCUGCACAAAUCGUCUUCCUCUACGAUCCCCCUGUCCAGUUUGCCGGACCCCUAUUGAAGCUGUGCAAAUAUUUUUUUUGCCUUGAUGUUUCUGUUUAAAUUUUUUCAUUUACAUUGCUGUUGACUCUUUUUUAUUACGUACCAACGUAACAUUACACAAUUUUGACAAUCUAGUGAACUCGUUUUAAUUUUAGCUCUCUAGGAGAUGUAUUG